AUGGAUCGCCAGAUUUCUUACAAUGGUCCCUUAACUCCCUCUCCUUUACCCUGCAAUUUCCCUGGGUCACGUUCCCCAACCCUCAUGAAGCACCCAUUGCCUCCGAAACCUCCAAUUUCCAUGUACUUCCAUGCCUACACUCCCCUUUCCCCCCAGCCUAAGACCGCACUUCGCGACGUGGCAGCUCAGCACGUUGAGCAUGGCAAAUCCAUCCCUGUGAACAAUGGCCAGAACAGGCCCUUUGCGAACCAUCAUGCAACUGCUUCUUCCAAUGGGGUGUCUAGCAGCCCUCAUGCAGAUAGCGUUAUCCGUCCAUCCGGCGAAGAUUCAGUCACCGGGCUUGAGAAUGACUGUGACGAGACAAGCAGCAUUAAUAGCGACGACUUGCUCCACCCGGAUGAAUUAUUCUCCAGGAUAUGGAGAAGAAGUGAUGCUGAGAGCUGCGAAGCUUCUCUGGCCCACAAAACUGUGGAUAACGGUUCCGAAACAAGUUCAGCUACAUCCAAAGUUCGUGGGAUAGGCGUUCCCGGCGAAAGCCACCCCAAUGUUGCCGGUAACGGCCGAAAUGGUCAGAUUAGCCCGAUGAUCCCGCUUUCUGAUGGAAGCAAGAGUGGCUCGUCCGAUACGUUGGGAUCAGAGGACCCGAUGGCUUCCUGCCAGUUGGAUAAAGAAUCACAAGCCACUUCCUCUGGAUGCAGAGGGCCCCAGCCUGUGACUGAGACUACCGUGUGUAGCCCAUCUAGAAUCUCCCGGUCAAAGUGUCACCGUCGGAAGGAGCCCGCGUGCAGCAGGUUGGGGUACGCCGAGCUCGCCACGGGCAGAGGCCCUCUAACCAGGGCAAGGGCUCGAGCAGAAGCAUCUCGUUCAUUCCCCAGCCGCCAACGGGCCCGGCCUUACUCGGAUGCGGAAGAUGAGCUCCUUCGUAAAUUGGUGUACAGAAAACAUGAAUGGGAACGUAUCGAGGAGGAAUUCGGUCGGAGGUUCACUGGAAGGGAUUUGAAAUCCCUGCAAAGACGAUGGUCAAGAUAUCUGAAGUUUGAAGCCCGGCCGGUGACAUGUUCGUAG